GCGCUCUUAUACCUACGUAUGUCCUACCUAACGAAGAAGAGGUGUCCACGUGUUUACUAACAGCAGGUAUUCCGUGUUUAAAUUAUUUCACAUUUGGAUCUUUAAUUGAAAUAAAAAAAGAAGAUGCCAAAGGUUAAAGCGGAGAAGAAGCAGCAGCACCAAGAAGUCAAAAAUCAAGGGAUCAUGUUCAACACUGGCAUUGGUCAGUACAUCCUGAAGAAUCCACUGGUGGUCAAUGGGAUCAUUGAGAAGGCAGCUUUGAGACCGACAGAUGUGGUUCUGGAGGUGGGACCUGGAACGGGUAACAUGACAGUGAAGCUGCUGGAGAAAGCCAAAAAGGUAGUAGCCUGCGAGCUGGACUGCCGCUUAGUGGCUGAACUUCAGAAAAGAGUACAGUGCACACCCAUGCAGAACAAACUUCAGAUAUUAGUUGGGGAUGUCCUAAAAACUGAUCUGCCCUUUUUUGACAUUUGUGUGGCAAAUUUACCUUUCCAGAUUUCAUCACCUUUUGUCUUCAAGCUCUUGCUGCACCGACCUUUCUUCAGGUGUGCUGUCUUGAUGUUCCAGAGGGAGUUUGCCAUGCGGCUGGUUGCCAAACCUGGAGACAAGCUGUACUGUAGACUCUCUAUCAACACACAACUGCUGGCUCGCGUGGACCAUCUAAUGAAAGUAGGAAAAAAUAAUUUCCGACCUCCUCCUAAAGUGGAGUCGAGUGUUGUCAGGAUUGAACCAAAAAAUCCUCCUCCUCCAGUGAACUUCCAGGAGUGGGACGGCCUGGUCAGAAUAGCCUUUGUGAGGAAAAAUAAAACACUCAGUGCCGCUUUCAAGUCUUCUGCAGUCGAGCAGCUGCUGGAAAAGAACUACAGAAUUCACUGUUCUGUGCACAAUGUGGAAGUCCCAGUCGACUUCAGCAUCACAAAGAAGAUUGAGAGCAUUCUCCAGGAGGCAGAUUUCAAUGACAAGAGAGCCAGAUCCAUGGACAUUGAUGACUUCAUGGUAUUGCUCCAUGCAUUCAACUCUGCAGGAAUCCACUUUUCUUAAAUGGCUCAGAAGUUUAAAUCCUCCAGCUAUGUCCUGAGUGACCACAGAAGUGUGAAAAAUCACUUUUCUGCAGUGAAAAUCCUCUGACUUUUGUGUGUUGAGGCCUCAAUUGCAUUGAGCAGGGACUUUUUUAAAAUACUUCUGUUGACUUUAAAAACCUCCACUUGCAACAGAGUACCUUGAGUAUAAUGAGAGGACGCUAGCGGUCUGCUGCAGUGAUGUGUGUGGUGACCGUAUCUCUUCUCCACCACUUCUGUCAGAAGAUGGGGAAUCCUGACGCUGCUCAACCUUGGGGCACAUUGGCUUUUUGACACCACAUAAAAAAAUGUGAUGGCAAGAUACAUCAGCAGCAUAAACCUGCUGUCCUGAACCAGUGGAGAAGCACCACUGGUUUUUGGCUUCUCAUACUGAGAGAAUCUUCAGUUGAUGCCUCCUCAUGUAUAAACAUUUUGUUAAAAUAUAUACUCCCAAAACUUU